CCAUCAUGUUGCCUAUGAGAAAGAGGCCGGGAGGACCUGGGAGGGAAGGAGACGAGGAGCGGGGAAGGAACUGAUAGAGAUACUGCAGCAGCCCAGAUUCAACUACAGGAUGGAAGGAGUCAAAAAAGACAAAGAUUGGCUGAUCAGUCUGAAGGAAGAUAUAGCCCCUGUGUUUUGAUACCAGGACCCUUGUCAUCUUCCUGCCACUGAAGGAUGGGCUCUCUGCCACCAGCAUAAGGUACCAUGGUCCACGAGACGGACGCACUUCUGACGCAAGAUUGAUAACCUUCAGACGGGCCCUCAUCCUCUAAACUGGGUAGCUUACUAGCCAUGUCCUCACAGCAACCCAACAGCUCAGCCUCCAACAGCCCCACCAACAUCUUGGGUUCUCCGUUCUCAGUUAUCAGUCCCUCACUAAACUCCCCAGUGGUCUCACCCUCUCUGGGAUUUGGACCCAUCAGCAACAGUCAGAUCUCUUCUUCAGCACCCGUAUCAGGGAUGCACUCAAUCAGCAGCUCAGAAGAUAUCAAGCCUCCUUUUGGCCUGAGGCCCAUGACACCUCACAGCCCUGGGAUAAUGUUGUCUCAGAAACGCAUGUGUGUCAUCUGUGGAGAUCGUUCUUCUGGCAAGCACUAUGGAGUGUACAGCUGUGAGGGUUGCAAAGGUUUCUUCAAACGAACUGUGCGCAAAGACCUUAGCUAUACCUGCAGAGAUAACAAAGAGUGCCUGGUUGACAAACGCCAGCGCAAUCGCUGCCAGUACUGCCGCUACCAGAAGUGCCUGGCCAUGGGCAUGAAGAGGGAAGUGAUCAAACAUGUAAAGUGGAUAAAAGAAGAUGGAAAAGAUGAGGGAUGGAUGACGGUCCAGGAGGAGCGCCAAAGGAACCGAGAGCGUGAAGGAGAGCUGGAGUUCAGUGUCGGAGUGAAUGAGGAGAUGCCUGUUGAGAAGAUUUUAGAGGCAGAGACUGCGGUGGAGCAGAAGACUGAGCUUCACUCUGAUGGUGGUUCUGCAGGCAACUCUCCCCACGACGCAGUCACCAACAUCUGUCAGACUGCAGACAAACAGCUGUUUGCUUUGGUGGAGUGGGCAAAGAGAAUCCCUCAUUUCUCUGAACUGCCCCUUGAUGACCAGGUCAUCCUCCUGCGUGCAGGGUGGAAUGAGCUCCUCAUCGCCUCGUUCUCCCAUCGCUCCAUUGGUUUGAAGGAUGGAGUUCUCCUGGCCUCUGAGCUGCAGCGUGACAACGCGCACAGUGCAGGAGUCGGGGCCAUUUUUGACAGGGAGAGUGUGCAGAGUGCAGAAGUCGGAGCCAUAUUUGACAGGGUUCUUACGGAGCUCGUCAAUAAAAUGAGAGAUAUGCAAAUGGACAAAACCGAGCUGGGCUGCCUCCGAGCCAUCGUCCUCUUCAACCCAGAUGCUAAAGGGCUCUCCAACACCGGUGAGGUGGAGCUCCUUAGAGAAAAGGUCUAUGCAUCAUUGGAAUCCUACUGCAAACAGAAAUACCCAGAGCAGCAGGGAAGGUUUGCUAAGCUCCUUCUUCGACUGCCAGCACUGCGAUCCAUUGGCUUGAAGUGCUUGGAGCAUCUUUUCUUCUUCAAGCUGAUUGGUGAUACACCUAUUGACACUUUCCUCAUGGAAAUGCUUGAAGCUCCCCAUCAGUUGUCUUAGAUAGGAAACGCGUACUGUGGUUAGGUUUAGAUAGCUGAAGUCUGGGAAGCUGGAGUGGGACUGGAGUGGCACUUUAAGUUCUUUGAAGAUUUGUCAAUUUGUCUCACUGCUAUCUGGGUUACACUAUUUUAGUGCAGCACAGAUUUGCUCUUUAGACCAAACCCAAGGCUUGGCAUGAUCUACAAGCUGGUGCUAUAUGUUGAAAUAAACGUCAUGAGUAACUAUGGUUUCAAAAAAAAAAAAAAAAAAAGUAUUUUUAAAAAUGUAAACAUUUACAUAUUUCCCUCACAGGAGCUAUAAUUUGGGUAUACAUUUUUAUAUAAGCUUUUUAAGACACCUCCAACAUCAAGCUUCAGUUGUUUCUCCAACUGAACUGAUCCCCAAAACCUAUUUUUUAAAAGGAAGGCAACCUGAAAUCAUGUGUAUGCAUUAAGGACGUAGUCUUCUUUUUAUAAUUUGUAAUUCUAGCCAGCUCUAAAAUAAUAUAAUUGUACCAAACAGUCACCAGGAACUGUGUCCAACAACAGCUCUGAGUUUACUUGUAUCCAUUGCAGAAGAUUAAAUCCUAACAGUGACCCUGCGAUAGAAGACAAGUCAGUGGUUGAAACUGUCUGGUUCGACUUGUCUGUUGAUUGAGGAUCAGCUUUAUGUGUCUGGUAAUAUACAGUUAGUGUUGUUUACUUCUUUGCCAUUUUAUAAAUCUAAUCACUUUGUGGUUAACGAUUAAACUGCACUGCACACUUGCUAUGUACUAUUUCUAAAAACACACUUUUAAUAAACGCCAGGCCUUUAAAUAGUCAGGCGUUUGUAUUUUGGUGCUAUUUCAGUAAUAAUUUGACAUUAUUUGUGCAGAUGCACACCAAACCACAAAAACCUAAGAAAAUAUGCAAAACUGAAAAUCCCUUUGUUAAUCUUUGUUAAAAAUGUAGCAAUAUAAAAUGUUAACUGCAUAAGAGCUUUCUGCCUGUCAGUCAUUCAGGGGUUUUACAAAGUAAAUCAUGUCUGGUGGAAAGGGAAUACUCCAUUUUGUAAUUUAUCUAUACAAUUCAAAGGUACUGUGCAAAAGUAAUUGUUCAGGGAAAAUGUAUAUUGAUAAAUUUGAAUUAUGAUCAGGAUAUACAAAUUAUAUAAUUCUUAAUAUGUGCCCUUGUUUUUAGUUUUCAGCUAGUAUAAAGCAGAACAUGUCUUGGGUUGCACUGGAUUUGCUGAGACUGUUUCAGCUGAUUUUUAUUUUUUGUGCUUUUUUUUUGAUGCUCAAUUGUAUUUUCCAACCUUCCCCCCCCUUUUUGUAGGUAGCCGUCUUGUUCAUUGUUAUGUCUGCAGUUUAUUAAAAGCAAACCAUAAUCACAUUUAGAUCCAUAACACCUGUGGACGUAUAGGAAUUUUAAACAAGACCAAAUGAGGUCUGUAUGAUGGCCAUGUGUAAACCCCAGAUGAGCUAUAUUGGUAAGCUUGUCAUCGACCUCUAUAUGCUCUUGAACAUAAAGUGACUUGAAGCAUGGGUUGUGUGGACUAAAAAUAAAGAGGCUUAAGUUUUA